UACAGUUUUCUGAAGAAUCAGUCCAAAAGAUCCAAAAAGUACAAAAGGAGAAGUACAAAUGUCUACCACAAGACGAAAACGUAAUAUGUUAUGUUGUUUACCGUAAGCUGUAGUAAAAUGAGCUCGAUUGUUGACAGAGAUGACAGUAGUAUUUUCGAUGGGUUGGUUGAAGAAGAUGACAAGGACAAAGCAAAAAGAGUCUCUAGAAACAAAUCUGAAAAGAAACGUAGAGAUCAGUUUAAUGUUCUCAUCAAAGAGCUGGGAUCCAUGCUUCCUGGUAAUGCUAGAAAGAUGGACAAAUCCACUGUUCUUCAGAAAAGCAUUGAUUUUUUACGAAAGCAUAAAGAAAUCACUGCACAGUCAGAUGCUAGUGAAAUUCGACAGGACUGGAAACCUACAUUCCUUAGUAAUGAAGAGUUUACACAGUUAAUGUUAGAGGCUCUUGAUGGUUUUUUUUUAGCAAUCAUGACAGAUGGAAGCAUAAUAUAUGUGUCUGAGAGUGUAACUUCAUUACUUGAACAUUUACCAUCUGAUCUUGUGGAUCAAAGUAUAUUUAAUUUUAUCCCAGAGGGGGAACAUUCAGAGGUUUAUAAAAUACUCUCUACUCAUCUGCUGGAAAGUGAUUCAUUAACCCCUGAAUAUUUAAAAUUAAUGCAAUAUGGGAAAGGCAAAUCAUGUUAUUACAGGUUCCUGACUAAAGGGCAACAGUGGAUUUGGCUUCAGACUCAUUAUUAUAUCACUUAUCAUCAGUGGAAUUCAAGGCCAGAGUUUAUUGUUUGUACUCACACUGUAGUAAGUAUUGCUAAUUUGAGAUUUCUGAACUAAUCACAAGAAAACAUUUAUUUUACUCUGUCUCUGUAGAGCCAAGAUUCGGGGUCUGAUAAUCGUAUAAACACAGUCAGUCUCAAGGAAGCAUUGGAAAGGUUUGAUCACAGCCCAACCCCUUCUGCCUCCUCUCGGAGUUCAAGAAAGUCAUCUCACACGGCAGUCUCAGACCCUUCCUCAACACCAACAAAGAUCCCAACAGAUACCAGCACUCCUCCCAGACAGCAUUUGCCAGGUCAUCAAAAGAUGGCACAAAGGAGAUCAUCAUUUAGUAGUCAGUCCAUAAAUUCCCAGUCUGUUGGUUCAUCAUUAACACAGCCAAUGAUGUCUCAAGCUGCAAAUUUACCAAUUCCACAAGGCAUGUCCCAGUUUCAGUUUUCAGCUCAAUUAGGAGCCAUGCAGCAUCUGAAAGACCAGUUGGAGCAGCGGACACGGAUGAUAGAGGCAAAUAUUCAUCGGCAACAGGAAGAACUAAGAAAAAUUCAAGAACAACUUCAAAUGGUCCAUGGUCAAGGGCUGCAGAUGUUUUUGCAACAGUCAAACCCUGGAUUGAAUUUUGGUUCUGUUCAACUUUCUUCUGGAAAUUCCUCAAAUAUCCAGCAACUCGCACCUAUAAAUGUGCAAGGCCAGGUUGUUCCUACUAACCAAGUUCAAAGUGGAAUGAAUACUGGACAUAUUGGCACAACUCAGCACAUGAUACAACAACAGACUUUACAAAGUCCGUCAACUCAGCAGAGUCAACAAAGCGUACUGAGUGGGCACAAUCAGCAGACAUCUCUUCCCAGUCAGACGCAGAGCACUCUGCCGGCCCCACUGUACAACACCAUGGUGAUCUCGCAGCCUGCCGCUGGGAGCAUGGUGCAGAUUCCGUCUAGCGUGCCCCCAAACAGCACCCAGAGUGCCGCGGUAACCACGUUCACUCAGGACAGACAGAUAAGAUUUUCUCAAGGUCAGCAACUCGUGACCAAAUUAGUGACUGCUCCUGUAGCUUGUGGGGCGGUCAUGGUGCCCAGCACUAUGCUCAUGGGCCAGGUGGUGACCGCCUACCCCACCUUCGCUGCGCAGCAGCAGCAGGCGCAGGCGCUGGCGGUCACGCAGCAGCAGAAUUCCCAGGAACCGCAGCUCGCUUCCGCGCAGCAACCAUCUCAGGCUCAGCUGACCCAGCCGCCGCAGCAGUUUCUGCAGACUUCUAGGUUGCUCCACGGGAACCCUUCCACUCAGCUCAUCCUGUCUGCUGCGUUUCCUCUGCAACAGAGCACUUUCCCUCAGUCGCAUCACCAGCAACACCAGGCUCAGCCGCAGCAGCAGCUCAGCCGGCACAGGACUGACAGUCUGACGGAUCCUUCCAAGGUUCAACCACAGUAGCACACACGCUUCCUCUCUGACAUCAAGGGAGGAAGGGACGGCCCAAAAGAGUUACUCAGAUGACCUGAGGAUAGGAGGAGAAGUUCCAGCAGUUCCAUGAGAUGUGGUAUUGAACGGUCUAGUUCCUGGAAUUGGCAGAGAAAAUGCUGCCUAGUGCUACAGAGGUUUAUUAAAUACCAGCCAGCAGGAGGUGAUCAUAGGGACGUAGCCAAUUCUGACAGUGUUUUAGUUGCCCAGGUAUUUUUUGAUGGAAAGAGUAUAUUGCCAAAUGUUAAGAAGCUCAGCUAUGAAACGACCUCCAGUGAAUCAGAAAGGCGCUAACAAUGUUAGUAACUUUUAGUGGUUCUGUGCCUGUUGUCAAGUGUUACAGAGGCCACGCCACUGCCAUGUCAGGGGUUUGCUUACAAUGAUGCCAUGAAGACAGUCCAGUAGACUAGUAGUCCCCACCCCAACUCCUCUCCCUUUUCAGAUAACGAUGGAACAGUAAUUACUUUCAGAAUGUUGCGUAGGUUCAAAUUCUCUGUGUAGAUGUUGUAAAAAUAUGUAUAUGUCUGGAUAAAAGGAGAGAAAGCAAAACA